GGUCUCACUCUGACAGCUGUCCUCCCUCUCACUCUCUCCCUCCACUCACUCACCCUCUCCCUCCACUCACUCACUCUCCCAACAACCCACCAACAACAGCACAAUGGUCCGUCGGUCACGGACUUCCGCGAGAUCUUCGCCCGCGCGUUGGAUCGCCCUCGCUUUCGUCAUCGUCGUCGCUCUCCUCAUCGCUGGCGUGGCUGCUGAGGACACAAAGAACGACACUGCCGAAGAGGACAAGGGUCCCAUCAUUGGUAUCGAUUUGGGUACUACUUACAGUUGUGUCGGAGUGUUCAAGAACGGAAAAGUUGAGAUCAUCGCAAACGACCAAGGUCACCGUAUCACACCAUCCUAUGUCGCCUUCACGGACGACGAGCGUCUCGUCGGAGAUGCCGCAAAAAACCAAGCCCCAUCAAACCCUUACAACACCAUCUACGACGCAAAACGUCUGAUCGGUCGCCACUUUACCGACAAGGAGGUCAAGGAGGACGCAAAGCACUGGCCAUUCAAGCUCGUCAACAAGGACAAGCGCCCAGGAAUCGAAGUCACCGUGAAGGGUGAAAAGAAGGUCUUCACCGCCGAAGAAGUCUCCGCCAUGAUUCUCAACAAGAUGAAGGACAUUGCUGAAGACUACCUCGGUGAGAAGGUCACUCGCGCUGUCGUUACCGUCCCCGCCUACUUCAACGACGCCCAGCGUCAAGCCACAAAAGACGCUGGUGUCAUUGCCGGUAUCGAAAUCGAGCGUAUCGUCAACGAGCCCACUGCGGCUGCCAUUGCCUACGGUCUGGACAAGAAGGGCGAUCAACACGUUCUCGUGUACGAUCUCGGAGGUGGUACAUUCGAUGUCUCCCUCUUGACCAUCGACGACGGUGUCUUUGAAGUCCUCGCCACCUCCGGUGACACACACUUGGGAGGUGAAGAUUUCGACAACCGUGUCAUUGAGCACCUCGCCAAGCUGUGGAAGAAGAAGACUGGAAAGGACUGCCACAAGGACCCCAAGGCCAUGGGCAAGCUGAAGCGUGAGGUCGAAAAGGCCAAGCGUAUCCUCUCCACCGGCAUGAGCACCCGCGUCGAAAUCGAAUCCUUCCAGGACGGUCAGGACUUUUCCGAGACCCUCACCCGUGCAAAGUUCGAAGAACUCAACAUGGACUUGUUCAAAAAGACCCUCAAGCCCGUCGAGAAGGUCCUCAAGGACGCUGGCAUGACAAAGGCCGACGUGCACGAGAUUGUCCUCGUCGGUGGUUCCACCCGUAUCCCCAAGGUUCAACAACUCCUCGAGGACUUUUUCAACGGCAAGAAGGUCAGCAAGGGUAUCAACCCCGACGAGGCCGUCGCAUACGGCGCCACCGUCCAAGCCGGUAUCAUGCGCGGGGCCAAGGAGUUCCAGGACGUCAUCCUGAUUGACGUCAACCCCCUGACCCUCGGUAUCGAGACCACCGGCGGCGUCAUGACCAAGCUCAUCCCCCGCAACAGCCCCGUGCCCACCAAAAAGUCCCAGAUCUUCUCCACCGCCGCCGACAACCAGCCUACCGUCCUCAUCCAGGUGUUUGAGGGCGAGCGCCCCCUGACCAAGGACAACAACCUCCUCGGCAAGUUUGACCUCACGGGCAUCCCCCCCGCCCCGCGCGGCGUGCCCCAGAUCGAAGUCUCAUUCCAGCUCGACGCCAACGGUAUCCUCACCGUGUCCGCGGUCGAGAAGGGAAGCGGCAAAUCCGAGUCGAUCACGAUCAAGAACGACAAGCAACGCCUGUCUGAGGAAGACAUUGAGCGGAUGGUCAAGGAAGCCGAGCAGUACGCGGAAGAGGACGCGGCGGUGAAGGAAAACAUCGAGGCCCGGAACUCCUUUGACUCUUACGUCUACUCGAUCAAGAACCAAGUCACCGACGACUCUGGUUUGGGAUCCAAGCUCGAAGCCGACGACAAGAAAAAGAUCCUCGACGCGGUCAAGAAGGCGCAGGAGUGGUACGAGUCCCACUCUGGCUCAGCCGGCAAGGACGACUUUGAGGAGCACAAGGCGGAGCUGGAGGCCAUCGUUAACCCGAUCACCGCCAAGCUGUACUCUCAGGGUGGAGCCGGUGGCGAGGGUGAGGAGCCGGCCGAUCAUGAUGAGUUGUAGAUUUCCCACAUACCCCGCAUCGCACACCAUCACGUCGUCGUCUCGUCGAAACGAGAUGCCACACCCCUACCCCACCCCACCCCAACAACACCUUACAUCUUUACGCCCACUCACAUCCCUCUCUCACGUAAAUUUAUUGCCACCACUCGCUGCGGGGAGCCCUGUUGGUUACCAACCUUUCGUGAUGUAGUGUGAAAUCCCCCUUCCGCUUUUGUGUUUCUUUUUAUUGUGA